CCACACCCAGAAGUGGGGGCAAAAGGCUGCAGCUGGGUCUGGGCAGACAGAGGAGGCUGGGCCUCUGCCUGCAGUGGUCACUUCAGUCUCAGCCAGCACCAUGAGUGGCCGAGUGGGAGAUCUGAGUCCCAAACAGGCAGAGGCCCUGGCCAAGUUCCGGGAAAACGUCCAGGACGUGCUGCCCGCCCUGCCAAACCCUGAUGACUAUUUCCUUCUUCGCUGGCUCCGAGCUCGGAACUUUGACCUGCAGAAAUCUGAGGCCAUGCUCCGCAAGUACAUGGAGUUCCGGAAGACCAUGGACAUUGAUCACAUCCUUGACUGGCAGCCCCCAGAGGUGAUCCAGAAAUACAUGCCUGGAGGCCUGUGUGGCUAUGACCGUGAUGGCUGCCCUGUAUGGUAUGACAUCAUCGGGCCACUGGACCCCAAAGGGUUGCUUUUCUCAGUUACCAAGCAGGACCUGUUGAAGACCAAGAUGAGGGACUGUGAGCGCAUUCUGCAUGAGUGUGACCUGCAGACAGAGAGGCUGGGGAGGAAGAUAGAAACCAUUGUGAUGAUAUUUGACUGCGAGGGUCUGGGACUGAAGCACUUCUGGAAACCUCUGGUGGAAGUGUACCAGGAGUUCUUUGGCCUCCUUGAAGAGAAUUACCCAGAGACCCUGAAGUUCAUGCUCAUUGUGAAAGCCACCAAGCUGUUCCCUGUGGGAUACAACCUCAUGAAGCCAUUCCUGAGUGAGGACACACGGAGGAAAAUUGUGGUGCUGGGAAACAGCUGGAAAGAAGGUUUGCUGAAACUCAUCAGUCCUGAGGAACUGCCUGCUCAUUUUGGGGGGACUCUGACUGACCCAGAUGGAAACCCCAAAUGCUUGACCAAGAUCAACUAUGGUGGUGAGAUCCCCAAGUCCAUGUACGUGCGGGACCAGGUGAAAACUCAAUAUGAGCACUCGGUGCAGAUUAGCCGUGGCUCCUCACACCAGGUGGAAUAUGAGAUCCUGUUUCCAGGCUGUGUUCUCAGGUGGCAGUUCUCCUCUGACGGUGGGGACAUUGGCUUUGGAGUGUUCCUCAAGACCAAGAUGGGGGAGCGGCAGAAGGCCGGGGAGAUGACCGAGGUGCUACCCAGUCAGCGCUACAACGCCCACAUGGUGCCUGAGGACGGGAGCCUCACCUGCGCAGAGGCUGGUGUCUAUGUCCUGCGCUUUGACAACACCUAUAGCUUCGUCCACGCCAAGAAGGUCAGCUUCACGGUUGAAGUGCUUCUCCCAGACGAGGGCAUGCAGAAAUACGAUGAGGAGCUCACCCCUGUCUAGGCGAAUCCCCUAAUUUCCAGGCACCCCCAAACCUCUGCUUUCUUUCUACUGUCCCUUUCAUUCCUAAAAUUGAUCAUUAGUCCAACUGACUGUGUGACACCAGUGAGAAGAGAAAGAGAGAGUGGAGAAGAUCUGUCUGCUGUAAUCAAAUUGUAAAAGCAUGAAAGAGGUUGGAGGACAUAAAGGUUGCAAAAGAGAAAGAAGCAAGAAGGAAGAUAAGAAAUGAAUGUCACUGAGGUCCAAGAAUAGGAAAAUGAUUGGCUGACCUUAUCUAUCCUAAGACAUUUGUGCCCGACUCCCUCUCUGUGAACAACUUAAGAUAAAGAAUAUCCGAGUCCUUUUUACUUCCACUCA